AUGGGCGCAGUCAAGGCUACGACCACCUAUGAUGUGGCCCUCCAGCGACGUCAGGCCCUCAUGGGCGCCAGCGGUGCCCGAGCCCUUAUCAAGAACUUCAAAGUCUUUCGAAUUGCAGCAUUUGCUUGCAUCGGUGGUAUUCUUUACGGUUACAACCAGGGAAUGUUUUCGGGAAUUCUGACCAUGGCGUCGUUUGGAAGACAUAUGGGCGACUACGUCGAGAAUACGACCAAGAAGGGCUGGCUCACAGCUAUUCUUGAGCUUGGUGCUUGGCUUGGUGCUGUUCUUUCUGGAGCGAUUGCUGAGCUGUGCUCUCGAAAGUAUGGUAUUCUAAUUGCCACGACCGUCUUUAUGCUGGGUGUGAUCAUCCAAGCUACGGCGGUUAAAGCUGGUCACGACUCUAUCCUGGCAGGUCGCUUUAUCACUGGUAUGGGAGUUGGUAGUCUGUCGACCAUCGUCCCUCUUUACAACUCUGAGUGUGCUCCUCCUGAAGUACGAGGCGCCCUUGUAGCUCUGCAACAGCUAGCGAUUACUUUCGGUAUCAUGGUCAGCUUCUGGAUCGACUAUGGCUGCAACUACAUCGGUGGCACUCACGUCGACACCCAGUCCGACGCUGCUUGGCUGGUCCCAAUUUGUCUCCAGCUUGCUCCCGCUCUUAUCCUCUUCAUUGGAAUGAUGUGGAUGCCCUUCUCCCCUCGUUGGCUGAUCCAUCACGAUAGAGAGACCGAAGCCAGAGAGAUCCUCGCCGACCUCCGCGGCCUUCCCACCGACCACGAACUCAUUGAACUUGAAUUUCUAGAGAUCAAAGCCCAAUCUCUGUUCGAGAAACGAAGCCUGGCAGAGCGUUUCCCUCAUCUACAAGCCCUGACAGCGUCAAACAUCUUUAAACUCCAGUUCGUAUCUAUAAGGGCUCUCUUCCAGUCACGUGCCAUGUUCAAGCGUGUUAUUGUUGCAACCGUUACCAUGUUUUUCCAACAAUGGACAGGAAUUAACGCCGUCCUCUACUACGCGCCUCAGAUCUUCAGUCAGUUGGGCUUGAGUACGAAUACGACGAGUCUCCUUGCAACCGGUGUCGUGGGCAUUGCCAUGUUCAUUGCAACUGUCCCGGCAGUCUUGUGGAUCGAUCGUUUGGGCCGCAAGCCUGUUCUCAUAGUCGGUGCCAUUGGAAUGGCUACUUGCCAUAUCAUCAUUGCUGUUAUUCUGGCCAAGAACAUCGACAACUUCCACAACCAUGAAGCGGCGGGAUGGGCUGCCAUCUGCAUGGUUUGGCUCUUUGUUGUGCACUUUGGCUACUCCUGGGGUCCUUGUGCUUGGAUCAUCAUUGCCGAGAUUUGGCCCCUUAGUACCCGUCCUUACGGCACAUCACUUGGUGCCUCGAGCAACUGGAUGAACAACUUUAUUGUUGGCCAAGUCACACCAGACAUGCUUGACGGCAUCACCUACGGCACCUACAUCCUAUUUGGUCUACUGACCUAUCUCGGCGCUGUAUUCAUUUACUUUGUGGUGCCAGAGACGAAGCGUUUAUCCCUCGAGGAAAUGGAUCUCAUCUUUGGCUCCGAGGGCACAGCUCAGGCCGAUGCUGAGCGUAUGGAUGAGAUUAACCGCGAGAUUGGCCUUGUUCAUAUCCUGAACCAGGACGGUGGGGUAGAUCAGCUGGGUGAUGAUGAGAAGCCGAGGACCUCUGUUUAG